GACACAAGGGGGGGAAGUUUACUCAUUUGAGCUGGAUCUUUUUUCUCGGCUUUACCUGCCAACCUUUUUUUUUUGUUGGGUUUCCCUUUGCAUUACUUUGCCCUGCAGUGAGAGACAUGCAAGGAGCCCAGGCUCGGACACACAGGGUUUACUUCUAGAUCUGGAGACUUGAUUUUUGUUUUUGUGCUCUGCUUUCUAUCUGGAAUUUGGUUGUUCUGGGGGGAGAAUAGGGGCACUCGUUCCUGGGGAAUGCUGCGGAGCGCCUGGCUGGCUGUGGGGAGGCUGCAGAGUGCCAGGCUGGCUGUGGAGAUGCUGCAUAGCGCCUGUCUGGCUAUGGGUUUUUUGCUGAUCUUCUCUCUGGUCCCAGCUGUAUUGGGUGCAGGAGGUUCUGGACUCCGUGUGAGGAGUGUACCCAGCUCCUGUCCCAUUUACUGUCGCUGCCUUGGGGAUCUCUUGGAUUGCAGCCGAGGAGACCUACAUCGGGUGCCUGAGAAUCUCCCUGAAUGGGUAGUGCAGCUGGACUUGAGCCAUAAUAAACUAUCUUCGAUCAAAGCCAGCUCCUUGAGUCAUCUCCAUAAUCUCCGUGAACUACGAUUAAAUCACAAUCAGCUGAAAAGCAUGCCGGAUCUCGGUCCACUGUCUGCCAAUAUAACUCUCCUGUCAUUAACCAACAACAAGAUUAGUGCAAUUUUGCCAGAGCAUUUGACAUCUUACCAGUCUUUGGAAACACUGGACUUGAGUUACAACCUUAUAACAGAGAUUAAAACGGCAUCAUUCCCUAAACUUCAGCUCAAAUACCUGUAUAUCAACGGAAAUCAAAUAAAAUUAAUGGAGUCUGGGGCUUUUGACAAUUUAUCUACCACGCUACAAGUGUUGAAGCUUAAUAAGAACCGUAUCAGCCACAUUCCUUUGAAAAUGUUCAAGUUGUCUAAUUUGCAGCAUUUAGAGCUAAAUCGUAAUCGGCUGCGAUCUAUUGACGGGCUCGUUUUUCAAGGCCUCAAUGCUUUAAAAACCUUGAGUAUUCAGAAGAAUCGAAUCACAAGACUUAUGGAUGGAGCAUUCUUUGAUUUGGAUAAAAUGGAAAUACUGCAGCUGGACCAUAACAAUCUCACAGAAAUUAGCAAAGGGUGGUUGUAUGGUUUGCAUAUGUUACAGCACCUCCAUCUAAGCCAGAAUGCCAUCAGCAAGAUCAGCCCCGAUGCCUGGGAGUUUUGCCAGAAACUUAGUGAGCUAGAUUUAUCCUUCAAUCAAUUGACAAGAUUAGAAGAGUCAGGCUUUAUGGGAUUAAAUCUGCUUGGUCGGCUAUUUAUAGGAGACAACCAAAUCAGUUACAUUGCUGAUGGAGCUUUUAACGGACUGUCCAGUUUGAACACCUUGGAUCUUAAAACUAAUGAAAUUUCGUGGACUAUCGAAGAUAUGAACGGGGCAUUUUCUGGACUAGAAAACCUUAAAAAGCUGACGCUGCAGAGUAACAGAAUUAGGUCGAUCACCAUAAAGGCAUUUUCUUGGUUGGAUUCACUUGAGUACUUAGACUUGAGUAACAAUGCAAUUGUGUCAAUGCAGGAUAAUGCAUUUUCCCAAAUGAAGAAGCUUCAUCAAGUACACUUAAAUACUUCCAGUCUGUUAUGUGAUUGUCACUUGCAAUGGCUGCCUCGGUGGUUAGCAGAAAAUAAUUAUGAGACCUAUGUGAACGCAAGCUGUGCGCACCCACAGAUUCUGAAAGGCAGAAACAUCUUCAUGGUUAACCCCGAGGGGUUUGUGUGCGAUGACUUUCCUAAACCACAGAUCAUUGCCCAACCAGAAACUCAGUCUGCCCUUAAAGGCUCCAAUGUGAGUUUUAUAUGCUCAGCCGCCAGCAGUAGUGACUCUCCUUUGACUUUUGCAUGGAAAAGGGACAAUGAACCCCUGAACAAUGCAGAGAUCGAAAACUACGCUCAUGUGCGGAAUGAAGGUCAGGAGGUGAUGGAGUACACAACCAUAUUGAGACUUCAGAAUGUGGAGUUUAACAGUGAAGGAAAAUAUCAAUGCGUUGUUUCCAAUGACUUUGGUACUACAUACUCCGUCAAAGCCAAGCUUACAGUCAAUAUGCUUCCUUCAUUCAUAAGCAUUCCAACAGACCUAUCCAUCCGUGCGGGCUCAACAGCAAGAUUAGAGUGUGAUGCAAUUGGUCAUCCAUCACCAGAAAUCGCCUGGCAGAAAAAUGGCGGCACAGAUUUUCCAGCCGCUCGCGAGCGUCGAAUGCAUGUAAUGCCAGAUGAUGAUGUGUUUUUUAUGGUGAAUGUGAAAAUGGAAGAUUCUGGGAUAUACAGCUGUACUGCUCAGAACAGCGCCGGAAGCAUUUCAACCAAUAUUACAUUGACUGUAUUAGAAACACCAUCCUUUAUGCGGCCCUUAGUUGACCAAACUGUAUCGAAGGGGGGAAAUGCAGUUUUACAAUGCAUUGCUAAUGGAAGCCCAGCACCCAAAGUGACCUGGAUAAAGGAUGAUAAACCGUUAGUUGUAACAGAGAGGCAUUUCUUCGCUGCCGGAGACAAGAUUCUUGUCAUCGUGGAUACAGACUUCGAAGAUGCUGGAAAAUAUACAUGUGAACUGUCUAAUGUGCUUGGAACGGAAAGAGGCAACAUUAAUCUUUCUGUCAUUCCGAAUAUAACAUGUUAUUCUACUACAAUUGCCACAAAGUUAGAGGAUGGUGGAUGGGGCACUGUUGGCAUUGUGAUCAUAGUAGUGGUUUGCUGUGUGGUGGGAACCUCCCUUGUGUGGGUGGCCAUAAUAUACCACACAAGGAGAAAAAACGAGGAUUGCAGUGUUACAAACACAGAUGAGACCAACUUGCCGGAUACUCCAAGUUAUUUGUCUUCUCAGGGAACACUGGCUGAAAGGCAAGAUGGCUAUGUGUCUUCUGAAAAUGGAAACCACCAUUUUGCAACAUCUCUGAGUGGUUAUUAUCUACAGCAAAGAAAUAGCAAUGGGAUCUGCCAUUUUGAUAAUGGGAGCGAGGCUGACUUGGACGCUGCUAUAGAUCCCCUACUUUUUCACUACGUGGGGGCACCUGGAUCGUUGUUCUUAAAAGGGAAUGUUUAUGAUUCUGAUUCAUGUGACGUUUAUCAUUCAGGUUAUAAUGUGGAUCAAAGGACUGCAAGCAGUAACGCUUAUGAAUCGGAAUAUUUAAAACAGAAAGCCUUUGGAACAUAUGCAGAGCAGAGAGAAGAUUCUUCUAGCAAAAACAAAUGUAGUCCAGAAACCUUUAUCGAUGGACUUGACGCAGUCUGCAAUGAAAAUGAAGAUCAUGGAAAUGAAAUCAGUCCAGAUCAUGAUCCAUGUGGUCUAAAACCGAACUCAGAGCAGUCAAACGCAGCAUCAUGUAGUUCGUAUAUGGGAACAUUUGGAAAGCCAUUGUGGAGGGCUCGUCUUGAUUCUUUUCCCGGACAUGUGCAACGAACAGUCCAUCAGUUGCCAUCUCACAAUGAUCCUAGUUCUUCACUGAGUAUUCAACCUGGGACAGGGAAUAAAGAGGACCAAAUAAAAGUACUUCCAGAUGAAACUGGAAUAUUAUUGCACAAACAGCCUUCUGAUAAUUAUAGGACUACUGUAUAUAACUGCUACGAGAUGGACACCUAGCAAUCUCACAGAAGCUACUUUUUGUUAUGCCAAAGAAUUUACUUGACCUUCUACCUCAGCUUUGGACCUUAACCAGAAGAGUGCAUUUCAUACCUUCCAAGUGUUCCACUUUAGACUGGACAAUAUGCAAUACAGCUAUGAAUGAGCAUCAAAAUAACCAAAAUGGACAAAAUUCUCAAAAUGGGGAAUAUUAUUUGUAUUACACUUUUUAAAUGUUUAAAAUUGCUUUAGUACUUUUAUAUAUGCAAAUGAGAAUUGCAUGUUAUUUAAAAAAAAAAUGUAAAUAUUGAUAUAAAUAUUUUUGUAUUUUUUAUAUUGUUACAUUUUUCUAUGAAAAAUGUGUAAUCUAUUCCAAAUAGCCGAACCUCAUUAUUGCCAUGACUAUCGACAUUGUUUGCACAAUAAAUGGAAUAAAU